GAUUCUUCCUACAGAAGAAUACAAUAAAAGCAAUUAAAGAACAUAAAGUACAGAAUCGUUAAAUUCUACACAGAGUGUUACGACGACGGGCUAGUAUGAAAGAAAAAGAUUUCGAUUGUCCGUGAUGAGGUAAAAUGGAAGGGCUCUCCCUCCGAAAGUGGUCGAGCCUACUUUCAUAAUUCUUCAGCUUUCUUCGGUCUUUCCUCCCGGCCCGGUUCCCCUCCUCGCAAAUGCGCCGGGACGAAAGUGGGAUUAAUGAAAAUACAGAAGGUGAACGGGGGCAGAAGAGACGUGCUAAAUGCACGUGUAUAUAACGGGAAAGAGGAGAGAGGGUUCAACAGGGUUGAUUAAUCGUCGCCGGUCAGGCUUCUAGAAAGAGACGUCACUCGCAAGACUGCCUGCGUCUAGCUUCGCCGAGCUCUCUUUGUUUACCCGCUUCGAAAUAUCUAUUUCAGUCUUUCCGGUUGCUCGAUAAAAACGCUGAAAAACACUUGGAACUUCGAAAAAUUUUCAAAAAACGAAGCUGGAGAUGCACCGUAUCCAACGGAUGAUCAAUCGUGCCACUGCAUUGUUAACCUUCGUCAUUUUGUACGAUUCUGUUUCAAUUCAAGAUUUUUCGUUUUAUGAUCGUUGAAUAACGGAAGAGAUUAAUUUUCUACAGGACUAACUAAAAAUUCGCUGGAAGAAUUAUGCAUUUCGUUUAUAAACUUGCUAAACACGAAAACAACGAUUAAAUCCUCGACCCCGAUCUCGUCGACAAUCGAAACGACCUAUAAAUAACUGAGCGAUCUAUCGUCGGCGACCAGCUCCCCAUUAAAAAACACCUUCCCUUUUUAAGAAGCAUCAUUAAAACCCACUUAUCAAUUUCCCCGAUUUUAUCGCAGUAUCUCGCGAGCCAGCUUCCAUGCAGGGGGUUUGGUCGUCCCCGAUAGGCUGCCGGGAGCACGCAGCCAGGGGGUUGCACACAUGGCAGGCAUUGUGCGAGGUCGGGUGCGAAGGGGAGCCAAUAUGGGUUUUGUGUGAAUAGCGUGAAUAGUGGGAGGGGAUUGCGGCACAGAUCGAAAAUCGUCCGCGUGUGUCGGGGGUGGCCUUAACUCUGAAUCAAAGGGCAGCUGAUAGAAGCCGAGGAGCACCCCUGCGGUAGCCCGAGCCGAAACGGGAGGCGCUACACGAGAAACCCCAUGGACGAGCCAAGGGUAAAAGUCCCCUCCACCUCCGCCGGGGUGCCUGUGUCCGCGUGGUACGGCAAUAAACCCGGUGAAAGUUUGCCGGGGUGCCCUUUUUGGCACGCGUAGAACCCCCUGUGUACCGUGGACGGUCGAAAAUCGUCACGGGGACAGAAUUCGUUUCAUUUCAUUGUAAGUCCGCCUCGGUGCCUGGCGAGGACCUCUCUCCGUGUGCCGUCUCUCCGGAAUACCGUGGCUCAGUGCUGUGCGAAGCUCCCGAUCGUUUUCAUCGAGUGAGGUUAUAACCACGUGUCCGUUCGUGAGAUGUGCUCUACUCGAAGUGACCGAACCGGUGUCGUCUGAGAUCCAUCGUGACCGAUAAGCCUUGUGUCUCUGUGCCUUCGUACUCCGAUCGCGAUGGCCAGCUCCGCGUAUUUCGCCAACAGCGACUCGGACUACUGGCCGUAUCAGUCGAUCGGCGAUCGAUCCGAACAGGUUAUGUAUCCCGAUAGCGCCUAUCAGCCGACGCAUCAGCAGCUGCACUCCAGCUCGGAUUACGCUCAGAGACCGAGCCAAGAGCUCUCGCCCCCUUCCAGCCUCCUGGAGACUCUUCUGCGUCAUGGGAAAGAGGCCAUCGCGGAGGGUUAUGCUAACUCGACCGGGAAACCGGUGACGUCACCGACCGGACAGAGUAUUCCUUACGUUUCCUGUCAAACUCCGCCGUACACGCCGACUUCUUCGACGGACAGGACGUCGCCGAUCGCACCGUACCUCCCGGACGCUCAGGAUCGUCUUCAGCAACCGGAAAACAGCAACGGAUACUUGCAGAGCUAUCAGUACCCCGCGCAACCACAUUCUAGCAAUUGCGCGGCCCCGUCGGUGGUGACACCAAGGUCUCCCCCCGAUUAUGGAGUGCAGCAAGGCUAUGGCGCUUAUGCGAAUAACAAUAAUGAUGGGAAGCGGAGUCCUAACGAGAUCGAGUACAAGGACGACCAGACGCAGAGGCAGGUGGACUAUCCUUGGAUGAAGUCUUCGUACGCCAACGGGGAUACAAACGGCGCAGGACAAAAGCGAACACGACAGACGUACACGCGCUUCCAGACUCUCGAAUUGGAAAAAGAAUUCCACUUCAAUCGUUACCUCACCAGAAGGCGUCGCAUAGAAAUAGCGCAGGCUCUGUGCUUAACCGAGCGCCAGAUCAAAAUUUGGUUUCAAAAUCGUCGCAUGAAGGCGAAGAAGGAUGGCAAACUCAGUUACAAUGGGGUGGAAACGAACAUGGAGGACAUCGCGUCUACCAGUCAAAAUGGGUCACCCAUCGAAGGUCUUCUAACGGGAACAACGACGUCAACGACGACCAUGAUGCAUGCUGCGCAACCUACCACGUCCGUUCAGCACGCUUCCGCAAUGUCGGAGCAGCAUCUUCACGAAGCUUACCUUCAAUAUCGUCACCAGCAGCACAGCAUGUACGACGGACACAGUUACUUUCAUAAACAAGCGUACGGAAGUCAGAUACAUAAAAUGACUGAUCAUCAUAUCGAAUCUUGAACAUUUUUAUCUGCUUUGUAAAUAAGACUGGUUAGGUUAGGGGAAGACUGGUUAGUGUAGUUUCGAAGGUUAACCUUGAACGAAGAUGAGAAUAUUAUGCAAUAGACUGCGUUCUAUUAACGUCGGGGGGCUGCAGUAAAUACUUUUGCAAGAUUCUGAGUUGAAGUGACACGUGACUUUAUCUUAUUAGUAGUUUUUGUACAUUAAUUGCAAGUAGGAAAUUUACUGUGUAUUUUGCAAGCCAAUGAAGCUCCCGAUGGUCAAAGUGUUAAGUUAUUACCUAAGUUAUAGAUACUCGAACAAGUUAGCUAAUUUAUGAACAGUGUAUUCAAUCGUGCCAUGCAAACGGUUAAACUAGUCAGUGGUGCCUCAUGAACUACCCAUUAGGGAAGCAUAACCUACAAUCGGCGAUUCAAUCCUCGAGCAUCGAAUCGAUAAGGAACAACCGUAAGAAAGGAAAUUACAAGUAUAGCACGACAAAGUUCGACCUUUACGGUGGAUCGUGAGCAGGGAAUGCCGUUCGGGACAAGAUCGGGCCAGCUGACCCUGCAACCACUAUGAUUUAUGGCCAAACGAGCUAAACAGCCGAGCAUCCUGCGGCUCAGGUAUCCCGAAAGCGCGGUCGUUCACGCCGUAUUUCGCUCGCCACGGUCCGCUCCGAUCGGUUCGCGUUGCAACACGCUUGCUCACUUUUUCUCGCUUCGAGUACGUUUUGAAAAUAUUUUGACUCGCCCGCUGAAAAUUCAUACUCGGCUGAUUAAUGACGAUGACUCGGCGACUCUUCCGCUUUUGGGGAAAGUUCGGCGCGGGGCGACUGAAGAUGGGCUUCGGUGCCGCUUUGAUCGCGAUGCGAAUCGAUACGGAAAUGUACUUGGCUGAUAUACCCCGUGCAACUUUCGUUGUUCUUAAAAUACUUAUGGAUACUUAAGGAUAUUUAGGAUGUAAUAUUUUACGUUUUAAUCACGAGGGUUUAUUUAUUUUAACCGCUUCUAAGAAAGUAGUGAUUAAACGAAAAGGUUCUGAAAGCACUAGGAUAGUUCAGUUAAAAAGUGCUGAAUAUGUUAGAUUUCACAAGAGGAACUAGGUGCAGAAAGAUAAUUUUAGAAUGACUUUAAACCCCCAAUGGAAGAAGCAAAUGUAUCCUUUCAAAGAUACAAGUAUCCUUGAAAGCAUCUCCAAGAUUUGCACUUGAAGAUGUGUAUAAGAUUAUGAUUCAAAGUGAGGUGGAAGGAAAUGUUUAUAAUUGAGUGGACAUUUAGCAAUACCGAUGCGAGUUGUGGAAUAGGGCGACAACGGGGAGUCGAAAAGUUAAGGGAUGAAGAAGAGUGGGGGGGCGCUCAGCAGCUGCGCCGUUCACACGCAACAAGAUGGCUGCAAACGUUCCUCGUGCGUGCAACGCCGGUCUUGUUCAUUCUUUUUUCUCCCUGUUCGCGGUUUAAUUUGCAAUCGUAAUUGUUUUCUGGAAUUGUAGAAUUUGUGUCGCCCGCGAAAUUCAAACUCGAGUUGCUCCGAGAAGUGUUACUUGAAUUUGAUGUAGAUCGAACGAGAUCGAGGAUCUGCAAAUUCGUGUUCGAUUUAUUUGAACCGUGAUGGUAAUUAUAUGUAAGGUAACUUUUUUUAAUUAUAACGUUUGAACUUCUGUUGCAAUAAUGUAGCGACUGAUCUUUGCAUAUUAUGCAUUACCUCUGAAUGUUCCUAUUAGAUAGUAAAACGAUGUACAUAAAUACCUAGGUAUAUUAUAGUAGCGUCUUGAAAGUGAUAAAAAAUGUUUAAAUAAAAAUGAAACGAGCUCUUGUACAGACAAGAGUAGAUAUUCUUAAGUACAAUCGUAGAAUUACAAAGCUUAUUGUUAGUAAUAUAAAUCUAUUUAUUACGGAAUUAAUGUUACAGCGAAUAUUUUUUUAAAUUGUACUUCAAGAGGGAUACUAGUCGAUUUAGUAUAAGUUGCACGAGAUAAUCUUAUAAACUAUAUACUUGGCGGAUAAUAAAUUAUUCCAAAAAGGCCACUGUUUCUUCGUCAAUAUUAUUAACAUCGAUAGAAGCUUGCUUUUA